AAUGGCGAAGAGCUUAUUGGCUGUGACAUUAACUUGUCCAAAGCUCAAUAAUAACAACGUCACUAAAGUCAUAUUGCCAACAGAACACACCCAGACGAUACACAGCGUAUAUCUAGCAGUGCACAACAAGGAUGUUCCGUGCGAGUAUUCAGCAAGGUGCUCGACUGCUAUCGAAGCUGAUGGGUUCCAAGUCUCCAAGGAGAUGACAUUGGCAGACCUAAAUGCUGUGGCCGACAUGCGGGCAGUGGCAUGUCAUUGUGCAAUGGAGCCUGGAAAAAUUCCUUCGUCCUAUGAGUCUGGAAAACACCCUGCAGCUGCUAUUGUUAAUGCCUUUCAAAUACUCAUGGAUGGUGAAAAGGUCAAGAUUAAAAUGAAAUCUACCAGAUGAUCACCAGUGCCCUUUGGUGUCUGACAAAUCACCAUCUCACCAUAAAUGACGCAGCCAAAACAUCUAGAGAUGCCAUACCAGUGCCAGAACUGAUUGCGCAAUUCCAAGGCUUUAAUGAUUUAAAAAGGAAAAAAAAAUGAAAAGUCAACCACUUCAGCAAGCAGAGUGUGACAGUCAUGCAAAUGCUUUAAUGAAUAUUAUUACAAGACCGAUAUUUCAAAGCGAUGUUCAUUGGCAGCAGUUCAAGGAAGAGGUUGAGUGUCAGGCAAAGUGUCUUGUUCACUAUAAAAUAUAUUUAGAAAACAAACUAAAAAGUCAAACACACAGACACGAUCAGCUAAACCCUCCUAGAACUGUUGGAAAUGACAUCUCUGUAGAAUUUCGGGCCAAAACUCCUUUUGUGUAUAAGAAAUAUAAGUUGUUUGAUGAGGAUGACAAAAGCUGUGAUUUUCUGAAUCCCAUACUGUUUGAUGAA